AUGAAACAAAUAAGCUUAAAAACUUACAAGUACAAUAACGAUUUUGUAGAAAAAAAUAUAGAAUAUGCAAUUCAAAUAAAUCGAUGGCUUUUAAUUCCUCUCGGUAUUUGGCCACUGUCAUCAAAAUCAAAUUUACUUGAAAAAGUAAUAAACUAUUUAAUUAUAAUUAUAUGCUCACUAUUAUUAAUAUUUAUAAUUGUACCCGGUAGUCUUUUUACUUAUGUAAAAAUAAAAAACCCUGCAAUAAGAAUAAAACUAACAGGAGCGUUGAGUUUUUGUGUGAUGGCAAUAAUAAAAUAUUACUCACUGGUAUCCGGGCGUAAAAACAUUGCAGAUUGCAUCGAACACUUGGUUUCAGAUUGGCUACGAAUAAAUCCAUUAAAUAACCGUGAAAUAAUGUUAAAAUAUGCUCAAUUGGGACGUUAUGGUUCAAUAAUUUGUGCGCUCUUUAUGUAUGGUGGUGGUUUAUUUUAUGCAGGUAUACUUCCACAUGUAUCAGCAAGUGUUAAAAAUGAAAACAAUGUAACGAUUCGGCCCAUUGCUUAUCCAAGUUACUAUAUUAUUUUUGAUCCACAAGAAAGUCCAGCUUAUGAAGUUGUUUAUUCUUUACAUUGCUGCUGUGCAUUUGUAAUGCAUUCAGUUACAAGUGCAGCCUGUAGCCUUGCGGUAGUUUUUGUGAUGCACGCAUGUGGACAAUUAGAUAUUCUCAUUGCCUGGUUAAACGAACUUGUAGAUGAAAAUGAAGAUCGUAACGAAGUCAGUAAGAGAUUUUCCGAUAUAAUCGAGCAACACACAAGAACUCUCAGAUUCAUUGCAAGCACUGAAAAUGUGUUAUGUGAAAUUUGUCUUGUUGAGGUUAUAGGGUGCACUUUAAACAUUUGUUUUUUAGGAUAUUACCUGAUGUUGGAAUGGCAGCAAAGUGAUGCUAUUGGAAUAAUGACUUACACAAUACUUUUGAUAUCCUUUAUAUUUAAUAUUUUUCUUUUCUGUUACAUUGGUGAACUUCUAAAAGCCAAAUGCAGCGAAGUCGGCGAGAGGACUUUUAUGAUCGAUUGGUAUCGUUUACCUGAAAAAAAAGCACUUGGAUUAACUUUGACAAUUGCCACAGCACAAAAUCCUAUUACAAUAACAGCUGGAAAAGUGUUCAAUCUUUCUUUAAAUGGUUUUUGUACUGAGUUCGAAAGAGCAGAAACAAUAGCCACUGUGACAUAUUGUGUUCUUCUUGUAUCAUUUACAUUUAACAUUUUCAUUCUUUGUUAUAUUGGUGAAAUGCUGACCCAACAAGGAGUCAAAGUUGGGUUAACAGCCUACACGAUUAACUGGUAUGAAUUAUCAGGGAAGAAAGCAAGAGAUUUAAUUCUACUUUUAGCAAUGUCUAACUAUCCCAAUAGUAUAACGGCUGGAAAAAUGGCAGAGUUAUCAUAUAACAGUUUUUGUGGUGUUUUAAGAAGUGCUGCAGCAUAUUUGAAUCUUCUUCGAACUGUUGUCUUAUAAUUAAUUUCGUAAUAAAAUUUUUGCUAAAAAUAA